AGAUAUACCUUCGCGCAAUCCGCCAACGCUUCUAGUUUUGACUUCACUCGGCGCUACAGGAAGAAACAAGAAAAAGCAUCGUGCUUAGGGGACCAGUGACUAGGCCUCAAGCCAUAAUUUUUGUGAGCCUCGUCUCACUGCCCCCGAAUUGAACAGCGCGGAAGAACCGGUCUGCGAAUUGUAAAGAUGGCAUACAACGGAGGAUACCAAGAUCAACAACGUCCUUACGCCGGACCGGCAGCACGAGUGCCUCGUGGCCCUCCUCGAGAAGGAUAUCCCCAGGGACCUCAGCAGUACGAUCAAUAUCAGGAUGGUUAUGAUUAUGGUUAUGAUGAAUAUGACAAUGGUUACCAACAAGAUUACGGCCCGCCGCAAGACAUGAAUUACGGUAGACGACCACCUCCCAACCAAGGCUAUCCGCCGCAAGAUAUGUACGGCUCUCCUGGACCUGGCGGCCCUGGUAGAGGAGGUCGCGCUCCCCCACCCGGCGCUGGAGGAAGAGGCGGGCCAAUGCGAGGUCCUCCCUUUCCGCGCGGUGGUGGCCCUCCGAAUCUCGGUAGAGGUUACCCACCUAAUCGAGGAGGGCGGCCAGGGCCUCCAGAGCGGUCCAUGACAUCGGACCCGAAUGGUGAGAGGGUACAGUUUCCAAAAAUGAAAUGCCAAAGCUGAUGUCUAUAGUAAACCACCACGCUCCUUCUAUCACAAGCCCGAGCGAACAGGAUUUCGGCAGCGCAUUCCCCGUCUUUCCCGGGCAUGGCAGAAGGACAGACCUGGAUGAAGAAACUGAUAUCUUAAACCGGAUGGGGGGGAUGGAUUUGAAUGGAGGACGACCCGGCAUGCCACCUAAGAAUGGACCGGGACCUGGCCCAGGAAGAGGACCAGGCCCAGGGCCAGGGCCUAGACGAGCGCCAACGAUGGAUGACUAUGGACGUCCAUCUAUGGACAGCCAAAGGAGCGGACGAGGACCUCCACCACAAGGAUAUCCCGAUCCAAGGCGAGGCCCGCCGCCCGAGCAAGGUUAUGGAUAUCAUGAUGAUGGAUACGGACCCCCACCCCCGAUGUCGCCUGCAAGAGAUGGAUUCGGACCACCAGGUCGCAGCAUGACAAUGCCUGCGAACAAUGAAUAUAUGCGAAAUGGUAUGCCACACCCGCCGCCGCCGCCGCGUAUGGAUAGCGCCCCAUAUAAUGGCGGCCCUCCUGGACGUGGUCCACCACCUAUGCGGCCUUCUACGGCAUCUGGUAAUCGGCCCCCUCCUCAAAGAAUGUAUCCCGAUCAAGGCCCGCCUGGCCCGCCUGGCCCCCAAGGUCCUCCAGGACAGUACAAUAACGGUUCGCUUCAACCGCCGGGAUGGAAUGAAGAACAGCCAGAUCGAGGCUCUAUCGGCGAUUUUUACGAUUCGUAUUAUGAUCAGAGAGUGAGUGGCGAGCAAUACCCACCUGGAAAUCAAAUUCGUGAAAACAUCCCAGACUUCGAUGCGGUUCCUUCACAGGGCCCACGGGAAUCAUUUGACCAGCACAUGCGUCCCGCCCAGCCUGGGAUGCCUCAACCCGGACCUGCCCGUCAGCCCGAGAUGUCGAGAGCCAAAUCGCAACCGAACUUACGAGAGCCACAAGCUGCAGUUUUUGAGAUGGCAGGUGACAUGCCACCAGUACCGCCGGGUGGGUUUCAGGCGUACAAACCUCCCGGUGUUGGUGUUGGUCCUGGCCCCGGCCCUGGUCCUGGGUUGCCCAGUACCCCGAACCCUCCAAGACGUAGUUCGGGAGGAACACCUCAGGGCGGUCCCGGCUCUGGGCACCCGGCACCUAUCAGGCCCGGCCUCAUGCCAAAUUCAAUGGUCAACCUGAGUGAUAAUAAACCAGCUCCGAUUCGUAAUUAUAUGGGUGGUACACCUCCCGCAGCUGCUGGAGCACAAGGCCGAACCCCGCCACCCCCGGCCCCGCAGAAUGGAAGACCAACAUCUGUCGCCGAGAAAGUCCCUGUCACACCCGAAGAACUAGAGCAUUUGCGCAGCACCAUCAAGAAUGAUCCAAAUGAUCAGCAAUCUGCUCUUACGCUAGCGAAGAAAUUGGUUGAAGCGGCGGAUGUUCUAGUUCCUAGACUCCCCGAUCCAAAAGCAAGGGCGAGGUCCCGUGAACGGUACGUGAUGGAUGCGCAUAAAAUAUUGAAGAAACUGGUCAGUGCGCAAAAUGGUGAUGCCAUGUUCUUCUUGGCCGAUUGUAUGGGUCGCGGUGCCCUUGGGGAAACGGAUAACAAGGAAGCGUUCACGCUUUAUCAAUCUGCUGCGAAGAUGGGACACGCCGCUGCAGCUUAUCGGACAGCUGUCUGCUGUGAGCUUGGCAAUGACGAAGGCGGCGGCACACGUAAGGAUCCACUCAAAGCAAUACAGUGGUACAAACGUGCCGCAACACUGGGUGACACGCCGGCGAUGUAUAAGGUUGGAAUGAUCAUGCUCAAGGGACUGCUUGGUCAGCCUAAGAAUCCCCGGGAAGCUGUCGGGUGGUUAAAACGAGCGGCCGAGCGCUCAGACGCAGAGAACCCUCACGCUCUACACGAAUUAGGGCUUUUAUACGAAUCAGCACAACCAAAUGACGCCAUUUUACGUGAUGAAGCAUACGCUCUACAAUUAUUCGAACAGGCGGCCCAGCUCGGGUACAAAUUCAGCCAGUUCAGGAUGGGAUGCGCUUACGAAUAUGGCUUGAUGGGAUGUCCCGUCGAUCCACGGUUAUCUAUAAUGUGGUAUAGCCGGGCUGCGACACAGGAGGAACACCAAUCCGAACUAGCUCUUAGCGGAUGGUAUCUGACCGGGAGUGAGGGUGUACUACAGCAGAGCGACACCGAGGCGUAUCUAUGGGCUAGGAAAGCAGCUCAAGCUGGCUUAGCGAAGGCGGAAUACGCCAUGGGUUACUUUACCGAGGUUGGAAUCGGCGUUCCUGCCAAUCUAGAGGAUGCAAAACGUUGGUAUUGGAGAGCAGCAAGCCAAGAUUUCCCUAAGGCCCGCGAACGGCUGGAAGAUCUUAAGCGAUCUGGUAGGAAUGGUCCUCGCCAACGUGAACGCAUUUCCCGAAGCAAGAUUGGCAAACAGCAAGAGGGCGAGUGCUCCGUGAUGUAGAACGUUCGGACAUCGAGUCCCCAACUUGUAGUCAAUCAAAGUGAGACCGAGGACCAAUAUCCGAAUUUCUCCCGUCCGGGUUCGAGGCGGAAUACACCAUUUGCAAGCAGUAAUUCGAUAAAAUCGACGAGGCCGAUUAAGAAAAUCCUGGGGUGGAUUCGUUAGACCUCUAAUAGGCAAUAUGCCAAAGAAUAAACCAAGUUCCAUUUUAAGGG